GGCCUUUUUUUUUUUACACCAAUUUUCUUCUUCGUCCUAUGUAAAACCUAGAAUUCAUUCGCUCAAUUCUCUUUCUGCAGCUCUAAAUCCUUUUAUCUCUGCGAUCUACUGUAUAUAAAGGGUUUCCAAUUUUCCCUAAUUGAGAGGCCAGAGUGAAAGGGAGAACAAAUUUUUUUUUUUUUAUUUCAAAUAAAUCUCAAUUCUAUACGCUUUAGUUGAAUUCGAAUUCCACUAAUCAUUGCAUAUCUUCCAGAAUUUUUUUAGGUUUAAGUUCCGUUAAACCCAUUGGUCUAAUGUUAUCUAUGUUUACUUGAAGGCGAAACCUUUUUGUAAAUAUACAUAUCUUUAUUGGACUAUUUUGAAACCUGCAAGAUGGCAUCAAGUUUGCAUCUAUGGGAAUCGGACCCUCUGUUCUCAGCAGCAGAAGUUGUUCAGGACUCAGCUGACAGGAUGGACUCGCUUUUUCGCCUUCUCUUGCAUGACCAAAAUCUCGUUCAAGGUGACCAUCCUGACCCAGGUCUGCUUAUGUCAAUAGAAUAUCACAAGCGUGAUCUUGCAACCAUACUUGAAACUGCAAAAUGGCAGUUGGAAGAUUUUGAACGUGCUGUCAACUCAUCAGCUAUGCAAGACAAAUCUCAAUCUAAGGAAGAUGUUAUUUCUAGACAUUGGCAAUUCAUUAGAGCCAUUAGGGAACAAAUAAAUCAUGUAAAAACAAGUGUGGAUGGCUCAUCUAUGGGAGAUUCCAUGAAAAAAUCUGAAUGGAUUAAUUUAAAUGAACAAGAUAGGGAUGGGUUAGCUUUAUUUCUUAUUGGAGAAAAUACCACUGAACAUUCAAAUCAACAUGACAUGGAAGAAAGUAGCAUUUUGAGAAGAUUCCUUGAUCCGACUUCAUCAUCUAGUUUAAAAGAUGAUGAAAUUGUUGAGCAUGGUAACAUAGAAUUAAAGAAUUUAAAAAUGAAUGGAGAUGUACAUGCAGGCCAUCACUCUGUAAAGGACAAAUGCCUAAGAAAGAUUGAUGUUCCUUACUCUACAAGUUUAAACUCAGAUAUGCAAGAUAUCUCUUCUAACGUGCAAGGCGAUACUGGCAUUUUGGACCUGGAAGCAAACGAUGCUACAUCUAAAAGUGUUUUCCAUGAAAAGAAAUUCAGGGGAUUCCAGAGCAGAAUGAACUUUAGAUUCUUAGAUAACCUGUGGCCUAUGAGCGGGAGCAGGGUCACUAACAGUUAUAUAAAGAGGUUGAAAGAUGGGGAAGAACAAAGGCAGUCCCCGAGAUACACUGAUGUUUCUCAUUCUGCACAGGGUCAAUGUAUGGGAUCAAGGUUAGGAUCUAGAAGUAGAAUGUUGGAAGGACUACUCUCUAGAUUUCGAGCACAUCUAAUGGUCCUGCUUAGCAGCCUCGGAGCGAGAUAUCAAAUAUUUCCCUUUCACCUUCCAAUUGAUCGACAUACAAUUCAAAUGAUUUUCACAAUAAUCUUUGCACUCAUUUUUUUGGGUAUACUGGUGUCCAGGAUUGCUUGAAAACAGGCCUUUUGCCGUUAAAUUCUGGAAAAAAUAUUCAUGGAGAUGAAGCAUCGACUUACUGGAGAAACAAUUUAAAAAUUAAAUGUAGGAACUCCCAAUCCUGAAAUUUUGCUUGGGAACGUUGCUAUAUUUACUCCAGUUGAUUUUUUUUUUUUUAUAUAUAUAUAUAAUUCCUUGGUCUUGUGAUGUGUCUUCCCACUACUAAUUAAAAUACUUUAAUCUGCAUGAAGUUGUUCUCCCGAGCUUGCCUCA